CAUUCUGUUACCUUCUCUCCGUUUUGUCGCCGGAUGCUCUCUACUAGUAUCUCCACGACAUCGGCGAGCACUUGACCCUCGGGUACCUUAUAGAGAGUCUGUUUCACACGUAAAACCCGGCCCUCUCCCUGCGCUGGUCACCGCGCACCGGCACUCCCUCGAUCCGGGAACUGUCUACGACGUCCUUUGCUUGCGCCCAGCUUUCCAGAUUUCCCCGUCGCAGGCGUUGCCCCUCUGCGCUCGCCCACCAUGGCAACCAAUUCCAUGCACAACCUGACGACUCUGAUCAAGAGGCUCGAGGCUGCCACGUCUCGUCUUGAAGACAUCGCCCAGUCGGCCUUUGAACUUCCCCAAGCGGUCCCCGGCCUUCAGCAUGGCCCUGCUGCCCCCGCCCCUCCUGCGCCGACUUUGCCCGCCUCUGGGCCCCCUGCGCCCGCAUCUCCGGCUCCUCCCCAGACCGCGGUAGGACCUCCUCCGCCUGUCCCGGAGCCUGUGCCCGAAUCGAUUGAAGAAUUUGAUGCUCUGAUUAACCAGUCCCUCAACAAUUGGUUCAAGCUCAGCAAUGCGAUAGGGGGUCUGGUUGCCGAACAGGGCGCCAAGGUUGUCGAGGCCUUCAAGGAGCAGCGCAAGUUCCUGUUCAUCACGACCAAGGCAAAGAAGCCCGACCUCAACGGCGCCGACAUGUCCGUCUUCCAGGACCUGAUCAAGCCCAUCGGCAAUCUCAUAACGGCCGUCGGCGGUAUCAAGGACUCGAACCGCGGCGAUCCGCUCUACAACAACCUUUGCACAGUGGCAGAGAGCAUGAUGGCUCUAGCCUGGGUGACAAUCGACACGAAGCCGUUCAAGCACGUCGAGGAGAGCCUGGCGUCUGCCCAGUUCUGGGGGAACAAGGUCCUGACCGCAAACAAGAACAAGGAUGAACAACAGGUCGAGUGGGUGAAGGCCUACUUUCAAGUGUUCCGUGACCUCGCAGAGUACGUGAAAACCUACUUUCCGAACGGUAUCCCAUGGAAUCCGAAGGGCGUCCCAGCGGCCGAAGCGGCCAAGUCCGUGGCGGCGGCGCCCGCUGCCCCUGCCACUCCGGCGCCGCCAGCCGGUGGGCCGCCGCCGCCUCCUCCUCCGCCGCCAGGCCCCCCGCCGAUCCUCAAGAUCAACGAGGAAAAGGCACCCCAGACGGCCCACCCAGGGGGCUUCGGCGCCGUUUUCUCGGAGCUCAACAAAGGCGAGUCGGUCACCAAGGGGCUGAGAAAGGUGGAUAAGUCUGAGAUGACGCACAAGAACCCGUCCUUGCGGGCUGGGUCGACCGUCCCUGACAAGGCGGCCUCGACACGGGCAAAGAGCCCUGCGCCAGGCACCAAGCCGAAGCCCGAGAGCAUGCGGGUCAAGAAACCGCCCAAGAAGGAGCUCGAGGGCAACAAGUGGACAAUCGAAAACUUUGACAAGGAACCCGCCCCCAUCGAGCUCGACGUCUCCCUCUCCCAUUCGAUCCUCAUCUCUAAGUGCAACAACACAACCAUCAUCCUCAAGGGCAAGGCCAACGCGGUCACAGUCGAAAACACCAACCGCCUCUCGCUCGUCGUCGAGUCACUCGUGUCCACUGUCGACGUGGUCAAGUCGCAAAACUUUGCGCUCCAGGUCCUCGAGACCAUCCCUACGGUGCUCAUGGACCAGGUCGACGGCGCCCAGAUUUACCUGAGCAAGGAGAGCGCCGCCGCGCGCAUCUACUCGAGCAAGUCGGCCAGCAUCAACCUGAAUGUGAUUCCUGCCGGGGACGAGGACUACAAGGAGAUUCCGCUGCCGAGCCAGAUUUGCUCGUGGUUUGACGCGGAGAAGGGGGAUGUGGUGAAUGAGAUCGUGUCGCAUGCUGGGUAGACUUGGAGAUUUGAGUAGGGUAGCAUGGGAUAGCAAAGGCGCAGUUGGUAGAUAAGAGUUUUGGAUCGGUGGGGUGGGAUAGGAAUUGAGCAUUGAAUGGUUGCCCUGAGUGUAGA